AUGUUCAAAAGCAGGUGCAUUCUGACGUUAUUCCUGUUUUUAGCGACAGUGAUCUACGGUGCUGCAGCUUACCCAGGAGUCAGGAGAACUAGCACAAUUUUGAAUUCGCCGAACUUUCCUGCUCCUGCCCUUGAGGAGAGAGGUCUACCGGGAAAGCGUGGUGUAGGAAAGCCCAUCUGCGAUUUCACACGCGGCCUCGCCUACAUUGAGCCCACUGACGUGAAUAUCAAUCAUCUGCGAGACGCUAAAGAUACUUAUUGUGGUGCUGAAGCCGGCAAUUGUGCCCGUGUAUCUUACCUUAACAGCUCUUCGAUAUUCUUUUGUAACUAUAACACAAAUCGCAUAUAUACCAAAUGCGGGAAUCUCAUUGAGCCUGCGCUGGCCAUAUAUGAGGACUGCCGGCUCGCAUCUCGAUAUACUUAUGGCUAUCUUAGCGGUGCUGAGCUUCCGUAA